AUGCAUCCGGAUUCACAAUAUGAUAUGUCAUUUGAAGAGAUUCAAAAAGCAAUUAUGGAGAAUUUACCAGCCCGUUUGCUUCAAACAAAUCCCGGUAGAUGUGUACCGCUUGGUGAAUCGGAUACACCUCUGACACCGUAUGUAAGACCACCACCAGAAGAAUUGUUUCAAUUGUCCACAGAAGACCAGCUUGAGUUUGAAAAAUUGCGUCUGACUUUGAGCACGUAUUCGGGCGAGGAUAAUUGUGGAUGCGAAAAUGAACAUACAAACAGCAACGUGCCAAACGAAAGUCCCCGCCUCAUCCAGAAACAACGUAUAAUUACAAAGCCAAAUAAGUAUCCGAAAACAGCCUGGCCUAAAACAACAAAUGCAACCCGGAAACAACGUGAUGCCAUUUUUGAGCAAUACAUGCCAAAACAAACAGUUCUAACCAGGACAGAGGACCGGCAAAUGAUGAAUGAGUUGGAUGCUUUCUUGGAGACCUAUGAAGUUCCCGAAGCUCAGAUGCAAACCAUAUUCAAUUUGACUGCAGAGCAAUUAGAAGAACCAAGCUUGUAUCAGGAGCAAGAUGUAGUGAAUUUUUUGAAACAAAGUGCAAGAAAAUACAAACAACACCAACAACAUUUUGUUUGCCCGGCAAGUUUCAAAGGUGACUCGUCUGAACCGGAAAUUUUGCAAUCUGAGCGUAAAACCGUGGUCUGUGACUUGCGAAACACUAUCCCGUUGGGUCAACAGGAACGUGUAGUGAAAAAAACGGACAGUAAUUCAAAAGUAAUCGAUACGCAAUCCAAAUUGCCCGAUUUAAAACCUCACCCGGAAGCAAAAUCAAAAUCCCCGUUGAAUGUCAAAGAAGUAAAGAAUGACAAAUAUGACGAUAUGAUGACUUACAGCUCUGAAACCGUUCAACUGAGAGAUCAAGUAAAUGGCACUUACACGGAAAGACGAAGGUUGUACUGUGCUGAUCUAGUCCGACUGGUAGGUUUAGAACAGGAUAGCGACCGGAUUCUCGUGCAUCAUGAAUCCACAUUUACACCUCCCAUACCGUUGACACCUAGCAAUCUGGAUAAUCAAUGUGGUAGCAGACAAGUUCAUUUUGUUCUCCGACAGCCGACCACUUGUAUCACCCAGGAGUCUGAUCAAAAAGUGGUAAAUCGCGCUCGGCUAGCGAGACAAACAAAAACAACAAACGUGUUCUUUUCCAUCUUGUCCUGGUUAGCCAGUUUGGCGAUUCAUCCAGCUCAAUCCGGAACAGGUUUUCAAAUACGGACUGCGGGAAUGGUGAGGUUGGCUAAUAUCCGACCGAAAGAAUCAGCGGAUUGCAUGACACUGACAGAUAAUCCGGAAGUUCAAAUACUGUUAACACUGACGGAGACAGAACAAAAUGGUUUUCCAAAAUCGGACAAAGAGAUUGAGCAAAUCGUCAACGGAGCCUGUCUGAAUGCCGUUACUUGGUUUGGUCCACGGUUCCCGGACGUCGCCACAAUGAGUCCGGUGAAAAUGGCUCGUGCUAAACACCAAGCAGCCAAUUUGAUGACACAACCCUAUUCGUGUUGGAUUGUUUCUGUCCAGCCCGGUGAUGUAUUAAUCAGUCUACCUGUGGACAGUGGAGUUUUGUUGUCGACCACUAUUAAGACCGUUCUGGACCGACACGGGUAUCAACUGUGCUAUUUGGGCAAAACAAAAGGCAUUUUGGACAUGGAGUCUGAUCGGAUCUUCAAUUUAUCUCUACAAUCGAUCACCUUAGGUCAAUGUGAACCGCCGCAUAUCAAUAAUGUACCGAGAUUUGUUAUCUGGAUUCGUCGGGAAAACUGCGAGCAACAUUUGCAUGGUCUAAUCUGUGACCUUGAGAAUGAACUGGACAUGCAUGACGUAGGAAAUCAUCAAUUUUCUUUCUCGUACGAUAUACGGUCGGAUAAAACCAUGGGUCAUCGCCCCGGACCAGGGAAUCAGUUAGAUAGUCCAGCAACCCUGCUCGAUUCCAUUCUAUCACAUGUUCAGUGGGAAAAUAAAGUGCAUACAGACGGGUCAAGCGCUCGUGUUGUGGCAAUCAAAUGGCUACCUCUGUCGUGCGUUCCAUCGAGUGCCCAGAUUAUAAUACGCAAAAGUAUGCAGGAAGACGGUGCAGAUACCAGUGAGGACAGUUUUAGUCACAGACCCAGUUGUGCCCUGAGUAUGGUUCUUCUCAGUGGAAACUAUCUAAGUCGGUUCGAACAAAAAUGUUCCUUGAAGAAUCAGAUGACUCUUGUGACUGAUAUUCACCAGAUUAAAAGGUUGGAACCACCAUGCAUCCAGUUCCCGCAGGUUUGGCAGUCGUUAAUAGACCACGUCCGGCAUUCGUGGGUGCCACAGACAAUUUCAUUUGUGGUUCCAUGGACAAAACAUAUGAACCCGUCGGACUGGUUAAUCGAUUUAGUUGAACUCAUCGGAAAAUUCAAAACAAGCGGAGAAGAAGUACAACAACUGUUCACCGUAUCCGAUCUGGAAACCGAGAAAAUGGAUCAGGCCAUAAACAACUACCUUGAACAGUUAACACAUUCAGAUUUGCAAAUUUUGGAAUCAGACUCCAUCGAAGCGGAUAAACUGGAGAUUUACGAUGAUUUACUGGAUAAAUGGUACGAAAAUUACAAUGAAUUAAACGUACUGGCAAUUCAGUACUUCAACGAAAAUAACAACACGAAAGAGGGUAUGAGAAAGGAGGAACUGGAUGCAAAAAGGUCACAAAUGGCUACGCUUAUUCACAUUUGUAAUUUACUACUAAAGGAACAUUUCAUUGUCGCGGGUAUACGAUACGGACAUCUUGAUCAAACGUUCAUCAACCGACUGAUGGAAAUAGCUCAGUUACAAACCCCGAUAUCGGAACAGAGCAUUGCACCGGGAUUCUAUGCGUUGAUUACAGUUGUGGGAAUCUUGGGAUCAUGUUCUGUGCACGAGACAGUCAAACAAAAAAUGUACCACCAACCCACACCUGUAGUCGAAUUUGAAUUCUCCGAUGACGAAGUGGUUUGUGGUGUGUCCACCAACUCCUCCGUCACCCUAUCCUUCAACCUCACCAAAUUUGUUGGUUUUGUUUCCACUCCAUCGUAG